AGAAAGUGUAAAUUUAAUUACAUAUUAAAAAUUAAAUAAUCAACAAUAAUUUAAAAAAUAAAAUGGUAGCCAUUUAUAAUAUUGAUGAAGAUUUUGGUCAAAAUCCCAAGACAUUGGGAGACUGGGUUAAAAAUUUCCGUUUAAAAAAAUUGCAAAUGAAACGCAAGCUACGCUCGGGUGGCAAUUUACGAGUAUGCGCCAUUUUGUCGACAGCUCUAAUGACUGCUGAAUUAGAAUUGCGACGCAAACAACAAGAACGUUUUCAAAAGUGGUUAGAAUUUCAAACGAAAAUCAAUAAAAAUCACCAACUCAUGCCCAAAAGCCAUCAUCUGCCUCCAACAAACCAUCGAAGCCAAGGAAGAAACGAUCAGUUGCUACUGGUCUCCCACCAUAAUAAUCAUGAUAAUGAAGAAAAACAAAGUGAAGAAAUAAAUAAUUUAUGGAAAUGUGAAUUAAGUGAAUUAGAUAACUUUAUGCGCAGUAUUAGUAGUAGUAGUAACAGAAAUAUUGAUCAAAAAAGUUCCAACAAAUCACAUGGUGAUAUCAGUGGGCACCACGAACAUAAUUAUCAUUCAAUACGAGUGUCCAGUUAGUGCUUAAGUUAUAUGUAUUUAAAUUGUUUUUGCUAGUAAUGUGCAAGAGAGAGACUUUUGAAAAAAGAUUGAAUAUUUUUAAUUAAGUAGAGUGAAUUUUAUAUUAUUACUAUCAUCCAUUAAUAUCUUUUGUGUUUAAAAAAAAAAAUUGUAU